GCUUUCAGAGGCAGGAGAUGAACAAGUUGAAGGAAAGAUCUUUAAAAGUACGCACUAUGAAAAGAUGAAAAUAGCCAGAAAGAAAAACUGAGUCUACUUUGAGUUUACUUGAAUAUAGUUUUAGAGCAGAUGCUAAACUUUUGAGCUCAGACUCUUUGGGGGAAAACAGGAUGCCAAGUUCUCAACCUUGGUGUCAUGGUAAUAUAACUCGAUCCAAAGCUGAGGAUCUACUUUCCAAAGCAGCAAGAGAUGGAAGCUUCCUUAUCCGGGACAGUGAGUCCAUACUGGGAGCAUAUGCCCUCUGUGUUUUAUACCAGAACUGUGUGUACACAUACAGAAUCCUGCCAAAUGAGGAUAAGAAGCUCUCUGUCCAGGCCUCUGAAGGAGUUCCUAUCAGGUUCUUCUCAAUGCUGCCUGAGCUGGUGGAGGCCUAUUAUAGUCCCAACAUGGGUCUGGUCACACAUUUGCAGUACCCUGUCCAAAGAGAGGAAGAUGUAGACGAAGAGCCAGAAUCCAAUAAUCUUCCACCACAGCUGCCACCCAGGAACUUCACAGCCAAUGAUGGGAAAGAGUCUCCUGAACAGGCCUUCAAGUCCUUAUCAGAGACCUACCUGACGAGACUGCAGCAUAUGGACCUGUCCAUAAUACCUGAGGAGCAUGCAAUGGCUAUCCAGGAAUACUUCAGGAACUCAAUCUGCCAGGACGCUGAACAAGUACAGAAUGGCUACCCAAACCUCCCCGGGCUAAAGAAGCUAACAAUGACAGUCUGCAAGAAUCUAAACAGUGAAAUUUCCCGCGUCUUGCCCACUCUGGAGGUCUGCCACAGAGCACUGGACCAACAGCUCUCCCCAGGGAUUGGACCAUUUUCAAAACAAAUGUCUGCUGAUUCGGGUCGAUCUGUAUCCUUUAGGCUUGAGCAGCUCACAAAACUGCUCUACUCAAUAGAAGAUAAGGCUAAAAGUUCUGUGUGUGAGUCUGUUGGAUAUGAUGGAGGAAGUCAUAGGAAAUCUCUCAUACCGCUUGUUACGUUUGAGGUCAAGCAAGAAUCUCUGGGUAUUUCCACAAAGAUGUUCCUGAAAGUGGAUGUUGAAAGUGGAAAGCUCUACUUUAAGAAGUCCAAAGAUGGGCCUGAAGACAAAUACUUUGUACACAACAAAAUUCUGCAGUUGGUGAAAUCCCAGAAAAUGCACGGUAAACUCGUCAUCGUGGUGGAGACGGAAAAAGAGAAGAUUCUGCGUAAAGAGUUCACAUUUGAUAACACAAAGAAAAGGGAAGGGUUUUGCCAGCUACUUCAACAAAUGAAGAACAAACACUCUGAGAAGCCUGAGCCAGACAUGAUCACAGUGUUUGUUGGCACCUGGAACAUGGGAAAUGCUGGCCCUCCCCACAACAUCAACUCCUGGUUUCAGUGUAAGGGCCAAGGGAAGACACGAGACGACAGCGCGGAUCACAUCCCGCAUGAUUUUUACGUCAUUGGGACUCAGGAGGAUCCUUUGGGUGAGAGGGAGUGGGCCGACACGGUGAAGAGUGUCCUGAGGAAGCUCACAAACAUCAGCUUUAAACAAGUGGCGAUACACACUCUGUGGAACAUUCGGAUUGUGGUCCUUGCGAAGCCCGAGCACGAAAACAGGAUCUCCCACAUUUUUUCAGACAGCGUGAAGACGGGGAUUGCCAACACUCUGGGAAACAAAGGAGCAGUGGGAGUGUCCUUCAUGUUCAACGGUACAUCUUUUGGCUUUGUCAACAGCCACCUGACCUCUGGAAGUGAGAAGAAGCUCAGACGCAAUCAAAACUACAUGAGCAUCGUGCGAUUUCUGAACCUUGGAGAUAAAAAGCUCAAUCCGUUCGACAUCACCCAUCAGUUCACCCACCUCUUCUGGCUCGGUGAUCUGAACUACCGUGUUGAAUUUCCAUCUACAGAAGCUGAGAACAUUGUGACAAAGAUCAAACAGCAGCAGUACCACGAACUCCUCAGUAAAGACCAGCUCAGCAUGGAGAGGGAUGAAGGAAAGGUCUUCUUGCAUUUCGAUGAAGAGGAAAUCACGUUUGCUCCCACAUAUCGCUUUGAAAGAGACACGCGAGAGAAGUAUGCCUACACGAAGGCCAAAGCCACCGGGACCAAAUACAAUCUGCCCUCAUGGUGUGAUCGUGUCCUCCGGAAGUCAUACCCUCUGAUUCACGUUGUCUGCCAAGCAUAUGGGUGCACCAAUGACAUCAUGACAAGUGACCACUCACCGGUAUUCGCCUCAUUUGAAGUCGGCGUAGCCUCACAGUUUGUCUCCAAACAAGAUCCAAACAGUGCACCUCAGGGUGGUAUACAGAUAUCGAACUGUGUGGCCACCUUGAUGACAAAAUCAAAGACCAAGUUCUUCAUCGAAUACCAUUCCAGCUGCUUGGAAAAAACAGUCAAGACUCCGGAGGGGGAGAACACAGAGCACUCAGACGGGUCAAUAAAAGUUCGAUUUGGCAGCCAAGUUGAGCUCACCCCGAUCAUCUCCGACCCAGAGUACCUUUUGGACCAGCACAUCCUCAUCUGCGUAAAGUCGACCGACAGCGACGAGUCAUACGGUGAGGGCUGUGUUGCACUGCGAGCUGCCCAGUUCUGCGACAGAGAGUUUCAUAUCACGUUGACUCAUGACGGAGAGAGGGCGGGCACAUUGUCAGGCGCCAUCCACUUGCACACCUCUGAGGGCAAACCCACCGAGAAGUUAUAUGAUUUCAUCAAAGUGGAAAAGGAUGACACUGUCACCGCAAAAGGCAAAGGCGGUGACAUCAACAAGUUUUCCGUCACUCAAGCACAUGAUAUUUCUAACCCCAGUUACAUGUCCUACCAAAAGGGCAACGUGAUAGAUAAAGGUUGGAGUUACAGCAUGCCACCAAAAAAUCUUCCAACUGCCGGGCAAGGAAGUAAAGAGUGUAAGAAAGGUGGUUAUGAUGUUGGUACACGGAGUCCCACGGGGAAAUCUUUAAAUCCAAUGGGUGAGGGUGAAAAGGUAUCGGAGAUGUUUGACAAUCCAUUAUACGGUUCAAUGGGAAAACCUCAUGGAUGGAGCAAGGACCAAGACCAUCAGCAGUGGGACCAUCUAACACCUCCAGAAGCCGGCUUUACAAGCUCCAAAGCAGCAGACGGAGACAAUGAUCGCCCCCCGGUGCCCACCCCACGCAACCGCUCCUUCACGUGCUCUGAGACCAAAAAUCCGUCUCCAACCUCCCUCACUUCGCAUCCCGCAUCGCAAAAGAAGCCAGUGGUGCCCUCGCGCUCGGAAGGGGCAGGAGCACACAGUCGGCCUCCUUUACCUUCCAAGAUCCGGCAGGGCAUGCCUGACCCGCAGACCCUGAAACCCAGAGACUACAGAGACAGCUCCGAGCUCCCCAUCAAACACAGACCGCCAGCCAGACCUGGCCAGCAACAGCCUCACAAAGACACGUAUCCUGAAGGUCCCAAGAUGGGCCGUUCUGUGAAGUGAGACCAAGCUGCAGCGAUGGUCAGCGCUGACUGUACAACUUCCUGCAGCUCUGCAUUUUUGAGAAAUGUAAAAUAAACUAAGAAAAGGCUUGGAUCCACAUUUUUGGGAAAUGUGCCUAUUUGCUUGCUUGCUGAGAGUUAGAUGAGACGACCAAUGCUACUCUCAUGUUUGUAUGCUAAAUAUGAUACUACAGCCUUAGCUUAGCUUAGCAUUAAUACAUGGAAACAGGGGGAAACAGCUAGAGUGUACAUUCAGACAGGAUUAGGUAAAUCGCUACAGGGGUUUUCCGGUAAUGUGUGAGGGUUAGGGUGGUCUGACCUUAACUGCUGUUCACUAAUUAACCACUCACUCUCAUUCACUGUCUAUGUCGCUCGACGACUGCUCUCUCUCUCUCUCUCUCAAACCAUUGACCACAAACCAAAUUAAACUUUUUUGUGUCACUAUUUUGCAACGUAAAUUGCAGGACCGACGCAGAUUUAGAAGCUGGGUACAUGAAAUAAACAAAUCAGAUAUUAGUCCACCUGGAUAGUCUCAAUUUCAGGCUGACUGUGGAGCAGUUUGACCAGUCUGAGCAUCUGAUUGGCGGCCGCAGUGUGACGUUGGAUCGCAUUUUUCCAAAAGUUGGAUCUGACGCAACUCAGUGUUUUCACUGUAGCGCCUGAUCCUGUCUGAAUGUGGCCUUAAGCUCAUGAAUUACCAUGAUAUUCACCUUUGGACUGAGUCAGGGUAGCUACUUCCCUGUGUUUUUAGUCUUAAUGCUAAGCUAAGAUAACUGUUUCUUGCUGUAGUUUCAUAAAUCGUCCAGUUCUUGGCAAGAAAGCCAAACAAAAUAGAUUUUCCCAAACAUUUCCUUUACAGUCAUAUAAACAUUGGACACAAGUUCUGACUUCAUUUCUGCUAAGCUCGCAUUAAAAAGUAGGUUUGAAAUUAAACUCUGCUCUCAUAAUAACAAUUGUUACAUUUCAUGUAGAGUUUUACACUAUACAGUAGCUAAUGAAUGUUUACCGCACAGUAUUAUCUUGCACAGACGAUGACAUAUUUGCCUUGUAGAUGUACAAUAAAUGCUCAAAUAAAUUCAAAUAUUAGCGUGAUUAGAGUUUGUUAUUUUAGGUUUUUCUCACAACCUCGUGUCAAAAUCAUUGCCUGUGAAACUGUAAAUAAAUCUGCAGUGGAGACCGGUCUAGUACUGCAACAUUCCAA